CCUGAAGUCAAGGACCUGCGUCCGGCGGAAACACCACGCCAUCUGUUCACUUGUACCUCUCGCUCUCGGCGGAGGAAAGCAAAAACCCUCGUUGCCUCGUAGGAAUCGAAAUCGAAAGCGACGCGAGUGGAAUCGCGGAAUCACGAGCGCACGAAAUUUCAUUUCCUCUCCUCCUCCUCUCUGACACAGUCUCCGAUCCUCCUUGCUGAUUUUUUUUUUUGGAAUUUUUUGCUGCCUUUUCGGUGUUUUUUUUGUUGUUGUUUCGUUUCAGAAGCGCGCGGCCUCGGCGGUUUCGAGGCGUCUGGUGUGUGAGUUCGUUCCUCGUUUUGUGUUUGUGAUUUUUGCCAAUUGUGGUUUGAUCUGAUGGCUGCAUGCUUGUAGGUUUUGGACUCUGGAGUUUCGCGGCUUUGAAAAGGGUGGUGUGCGCUAGGCCCUGCUGAGAUCUCAGCGAGGUUGUUAGUACGUGAAGUCCCAUCUGAUUUCGAUUUUUAGGGUUUUUUCGAGUGACUAUGCGCUUUCCCCCCAAUGUUUGGACUGUAUGUUGUCGAAGGUAUUAGGGGUUUAGGUGUGGGUUUUUGUUUUAACAGUGGUUUCGGUUUACGAUGCCUGUGAGAGGGAUUAAAAUGCGAUCUAUGGAUUGCUCUUUGCUGUUCUGGGAUAUAUAUACGUGCGUUGUCUACUAUUGUGAAGCUUUGCCUCAGGAUCAAGUUGUUUAUUGAAGAGUUCCAUGUGUAGUUUUGCCAUGUCACUUAUGUGCAGAAAUGGCCUGUCGAAUUUUAAUAUUAUACGUACGUUAUUGAUAGAGUUAUGAGUAUUUUUUCUGCAUUUAGCAACAUGCAGCUCUUGUCAAAUUCACACUGUAAAAACUCUGUGUUGACAUGGAACUUGUCGUUAUGAAAAAUGUGAAUCGACAUCACAAGUUUUCAGUGUGAAAUUGCAUCGACAUCUAAGACUUAGGGAUUGUGAAGAACAAUUAUGCUUCAAGUAUAAACUGUUACAUCCUCGGAGUUUCUAGAAUUCCCUAUGUCAACAUACCCUGUGUUGAAUGACCAGCCAAUUGAUCAGUGGAAGGUCACUGAGUUGAAGGAUGAGCUCAAGAGGAGGAAUCUUCCUAUCAAUGGUUUGAAGGAUGAUCUUUUGAAGAGGCUCUUUGAGGCCAUUCAGGGUGAGAUACUUGACGGGGAACAAACAAAUGGUGAAACUCCCCCUGCUGAGGAGCUGAACAGGGGUGAAACUCCUGAUUCUGUUGAUGCAUCUGUUUGCCAGGCUUCAAUGGAACAAAAUGUCGAUGAAGGUCCUUCUGAGGUUACAAAACAGGGAGAUCAUGUUAUCUCUGUUACAGAAGCUAGUGAUGAAAGUUUCGUUGCUGCUACAGAAGUUAGUCAGGAGGUUGUCAUUGGUACUCAGGAGGUUGUCAUUGGUACUGUGGAAGUUAGUCAGAGAACUUUGGAUGCUGUUGCAGAAGUUGAGGCUCCUCCAGUUGAUGUGGCACUGGCAGCAACUGAUGAAAAUCACUGUGAAACUAAUGGAGUUGGCCUAAAAUCAGCUUCAAGUGGCAAUACUAUAGUGAAGGAAGUACAUCCGCAUUCUGAAGGUGUUGGUGAUACUAUUGAGGAGACCCCAGAAGAUGACACCACCAAGAAAAUGGAUGUUGAUGAUGUACCGUCUGAUGUUACCAGUAUUAACAUCAAGUUAGGCAUUGAAGUGGACAGCAAAGUUCUAGAACAGGAAGCUGUAACCACACCUCCUGAUACUAUCGCAUUGCAUGCUGACGUUUUUGCAGCUACAGAGGCAGAAGAUGACACUAUCAAGAAAAUGGCUAUUGAUGAUGUACCUUCUGACUUUACCAGUUCUAUUGUCAAGUUAGCUGUCAAUGUAGACUGCAAAAUUGAACAUGAAGAAGUACCCACACAACUAGUUGCCAUUGCAAUGCACACUGAUGUUGUUGCGACUGCAAAGAGCGUGAUUCCUGAAAACAGUUUCAGUGAGAAUACAUUGAUAUAUAGCAAGGACCAUGAAGAUCUGAAGCGCAUGAAUGGGGACUGCAAGACCAUCCUAUGUGGACCAAAUGACCAGGUAUCUGAGGUCAACCCAGAUCUAGGGUCUCAAAUUCAGUGCAUGUCGAUUUGUCAUGAUAAUAUGUCAAACCUGAAUGCUGGCAAUUCUGACUUAGUACUAGAGGGUAAGCAGGAGAUGGUCAAACCAUCAUCCAUCAUUCCCUCCGUAGGUGAUGAUUUGCUGUCGUUGGAUGGCGACAAAGAGCUGCAUAAGAGCGGGACCUCUUUGCAAGAAUUAGCAUCAGCAACUAAUAUAGACUUGGAUAGAAAAGUGGAUAGCACUGAUGGUAGUUCUUAUGAGAAGCUGAAUUUAGACAGGAAUUCAGGUGAUGAAUCAAUGGAUGAGGAUGUGAUGGAAAGUAAGCAUGCUGAUUCCAGUAUGAAAUCUGAUGAUCCCAGAGGAAAGACUGAGGUUACCUCACAGCAUGUGUCACAAGAGAUGACCCUCCUUGAUACCGUUACUGAGGGUUCCUCUGCACUUACUGAGGUAGUUGUGGCUGAAGAGAAGCCAACUCCAACUGAAAAGAGGAAAUUUGAAGAGCAAGAAGUUACCACAAGUUAUGAGCAAAGCAAAUGUCAGUGCCAACGGAAUGCUGACACUGUCAGUAUUUCUGACCAACAAGCAUCCAAACUAACUGGCACUGGUACUCCAAAGGAACUCUUUCAGUCUGCUAGGAAAUAUUCAUUUGGCAAGUCUGAUUCAACAAGUGGAGAUUCUGCAAAGGAGCGAAUAGUACCACCUCCUCAAAAACCAGCAACAACUUCCUUAAGAAUUGAUCGAUUUGUGCGCCCAUUUACUCUGAAAGCUGUGCAAGGGUUUCUUGGUAAAACUGGAUCUGUAUGUAGCUUUUGGAUGGAUCAUAUCAAGACCCAUUGCUAUGUUACAUACACUUCAUUGGAGGAAGCUGUGGCCACCAGGAAUGCUGUUUACAACCUCCAAUGGCCCCCAAACAACGGCAGUUAUUUGGUUGCUGAAUUUGUUGAUCCACAAGAGGUGAAGCUCAAACAUGAACUCCCUCCCCCAUCUCAAGUGCCAAUCAUUCCCAACACAGCUACGGUACCAGAGGCUGCACCCUUCCAACAGUCGAAGGCUAACCAAACCAUUCAUUUUCCCCAUGUUGCUGCUACUUCAAGGGGCCUGUUGCCCACCCCACCGCCUCUCCCCAAGCUACCUCCUACAUCUGACCAUGGACCAGCAAGGGAGAGGCUUCCUCCUCAUCCAAAGAACCUGGAACCUGCCCUGACAUUUGAUGAUCUCUUCAAGAAGACACAGGCCUACCCUAGGAUUUACUAUAUGCCCUUAUCGGAAGAGGAGGUGUCUGCGAAGCUUGCAGCUCGUGACAAUGGAAAGAGGGGAUAGUGGGCUCUAGUUUGCUGCUCCGUCUCGUAUUUUGGUUCUUUGCUUGUCACUGUUGUUUUCAUAUGCAACUGUACGAAUGUCACGGUGGUCGACAGAUUCUCUUCUCGCACCUGACUCCAUCAGCUGCUGCAGCUCUAUGAAGUACUAGGUGGUACGUAGGUUUAGGUGAUAAUGUGUGAAAAUACUUCUAGUAGUAUCGUCUUUAUGAGGGAAGGCCUGAUGGUUCCUCAUACCAUGGUUUCUCAAGUACUAUGGUAUCAAUAACAUCGGGAUUUUGGGUGUACAAGAGAUACUGCAAAUGCAUCAAGUUCUCAGAGCGUUGCACUAAAGCACGUUGUGUUCGUCUUGCUGCUGCUCGUAUUGAGGUACAAUG